AUGGGAAUCGAGAUUUAUAAAUGGGACGGUUCGAAACUAAAGCGCGAGUACAAGACAUCAUCGUUUCAUGAUUAUUCGGGUUAUGGUUUACCCAAAAACACGUUCCUCUUCGGUGAGGUAUUUCCUGCUAAAAAACGCAUUGGAAUUAUGUCGCGUCUCGACGGCGUCGUACAAUUUCGCGCUCUGAUCCUUGAGGAGUCAAAGUACGCUAUCAAAGUGUUAAACAAAUCUCCCGUUUUGGAAGCUGCCUGGACCGUUCCAACCAAUGCGAUAAGUUUGGUGGAACAUUUGGAUAGCAAUGAACAGCUGGCAAUCGCUCUACGCACCCAAUCACAACUAAAACUGUUCCGUUUCGAUAGCCAGUACACGCUGAAGCAACUAACGGCUGUAGAGGAUUUUCCUCCCUUGGAUAGCGAAUAUGACCGGAUAAUGUUUGCCAAGUUCAAUCAAACAGCGUAUAACGAUCUGUUGCAUUUUUCAACAGUUGGUCUAAAUGUAUAUCGUUUCAAUGAGACCACCUCAACGUUCCAGAGAAUCUUCUACACAACGGCUUUUUCGAAACUACGUGGCUGGAAUAGCCGUAGCGUGGAAGCGAUUACAUCAGUGGACGUUGACGGAGACGGUUACGACCAGUUAAUCUACAGUGGACCACAAGGCUUAUGCAUUUUACGAGCUUAUUCUACGCCUGCCGGUUUCGAACUCAGCAACGUAUUCUCUGAAACAGUUGCUAAUCAAACCGUACGUUAUGCACCUCUGAAACUAGUUACAAAUCAUGCAGCUUCGAAAAAUUUACAACUAUUCCUACACACAACGAACGGGUUGGCCAUAGUUGAUACAAAGCUCUCGGACAAUGAUGAAGCAGUCAAACCUGCUGAUGUACCAACACCGAUCGAAGCUGAUGUGAAGGAAAAGCCACCCAUUACGAUUCCGGAAAUUGUUGCUAACCGAUAUCACGCUCGUUGGUUGCAUGAUCAGCUUGAUAUGAGUUCCGUACUGCAUCCUAUCAAUCCUUAUAAUGGCGGUGUCGAGUUGAUGCUACCGAUAGUGGAUAUUCCCUCACCUUUCGGCAUACCGAUUAAGAAAAUUAUCCAAUACAAACACGUAGAUUACAACAACGAGCUCGGACGCGGUUGGUCUUUUCCGCUGGACUAUAUUACGCUGGAUCGACAGAACAGCGCCUUUGUGCAAGACCACGAAUAUUCGCUACUGAAGGAAAAUCAACGAAUUAUAUUGAAGCAACAACCGAAAACACAGCACGACGAUCAAUCGCAAUCGGAACUAAUUACGUUCACAAUCGACGGCUAUCCGGACAUUCAGAUCGUUUACAAUCCCAAGCGCAACUUCUGGAAGGUGACGAUCGACAAGCGCAUAAUGACGUAUGUAGCUAUGCAUAACUUUCAAACGUCGAUCGUGUGCCCUAUGUGGCCGUUGUGCGGAAGUGAAUCACGCCAAACCCAAACAUACCCUACGCGAUGGCUUCUGAGUGAGGAAAAAAUCGCUGAUACAGAACACAAAGCGUUUUAUUUCUACAAUUUUAUUAAAAACAACACAGACGUACGUCUGACUUCCAUUAGCAUGUCCGACGAUUCACGGAUAGAGUUGAGCUAUAGCGCGAAUCGCAUUACGAAGCUAUCCGUACUAGCCUUGCAGUACGCACAGUACCUUACCUUUCACUACAGUGACAACAACCAACAGAAGUUGCUGCAGGCGAUAAAACAAAGUGACUACAGCGUGUUCGAGUUCGAGUACGAUCAACAGUACCGACUGUCGAAAAUUGUCUACCCAAACGAAGCCACAUGGACCCCGGUGUACACUCAGAUUCCCAUCAAUCCUACAUCGCUCAAGAAAAGCAUACCGAUCGACUAUGAUGGUUCCAUAUACUACGGGCCGGACUAUGUCGUUAUUGUGGAUGCAAAUCUCACCGACGGACGGCUGGUACUGCACUUUCGAGGCCCGCUCGGUGAAAGAGGAUCAUGCAAAACGGAUGCUAUCGAAACGGUUUUCGCUUUGAACGACAUCAAGCGAUACGUGGUGCAUGCGAUCGAAAAUUUACUCGUAGUGGUCGUUAUCUACGAUUCGUGCAAAGAUAUCGCCAUUCUACACUUUACAGAGGAUAGAUGGCAACAACAAAAGUAUUAUGAUCGCUUCCCACUGGAUGGUACCGUUUCCGCCGGCAACACGUUUAUUCUGCUUUCCGAUCUGAAAUCGUUACGCUUGGUGACGAUCACCGCCGAUCAUCAGUUUAGCAAUGUAGAGUUGCGCAAUAAUUUACCAACAAACUUUGCCGUCAAAGCGUUUCCCCACGGGUAUGCAACUUACGCGCAAGAGCUUCAGAUCUCCUUGCUACAGCCAAACGGAGAAUGGUUGCAUAUUAAAGCUAUUCCGGAGAAUGUCAACUAUUUCAAGGAGAUCGAUGAUUUUAUUUCCUCCUUUGCAAUUAGCCAAGAAUUAGCGCAGUCGAUUCGGAAGGGCCUGGUUGCGGAUAUGCUGGGAAACUACCAACAAGCCAUCAUACUGAAAGCUCCAGUAAUCCGAGCAGAUGUGCUAGAAAUUCAUGUUCGCUUUUUCAUGCUCAAUCUUACUGAAACGGCAACAAUCUUCGAUUACUAUACAACGAGAGUUCCUUAUGCAGUCUUGACUAACCUCAACUACACGGUUAAUACUGAAGAAGACGAUCAGUUUGUACUAGGUUACCGAUUGGAGAACAACAAGUACCAUCUGUAUGUGAAAAAAUCUAGCGGUCCGCAUGCAGUGGCGCUCAACGACUAUCUUGCCGAGGCGAAAAAGCAAAGCAACGACAUCUGGAACCAGGCCAAAAAAACUACCCGCGAAGAAAGUCAGCGCAUUUAUAAAUCGGUCAAGGAUGCGGUUGUAUUCGCGAUCGAUCUGUCACAGUUUGGACUGCUCACCAACCAGGACGGUGUACUGGUCGGUAAUCAUAAAAUAACGUACGAUGGAUUGCACUGGAACAAGCAGCAUCUCGACGAGGACACGAUACGGCUGCGUAAAGUGAACCAAACCUUAAAUGCUGACUAUCGGUUAUACAAAGCUCACGCCAACGAUACGUUCAAAAUUGUUUCUGCCGUAAGCGGAGCGACCGUGUUUGACAUGAACACUACCAAACCGGAAGAGAUACAGCUUGUCGUGCCACACUACGUUCAGACGCAGCCGAAAGAUCAACCGCUGAGCGUGUACUUUUUCGAUAGAAAAGAAACGGUCACCUUUCCCGUCGAGGAAAAACUAAACCGGGCAAGCAAUCAGAUAGCACUCAUCACGUCAUACAGUCAAAAGGAAACGGAACAAUCGUUGCUGUUUAGAUGCGCAAAGUAUUUUCUAAACCCGACCAUCACUGCGCUGGGAAGUCAAACAAUAACUUCGGUUGGUGAAACAAGCCGUACGACCGAGUACAUCUAUGACCCACGAGACCUACAGCUGUCCGUUGAUGGAGCCAUGUUUCGUAAAAUCAAAAUAGCUCCUGGCGCGAACAGAACUCGAUUCGGUUGGUACGAACAGAGCAUUGAUCUCGAUACAGGGAACACAGUAAGAAAAGCGUACGCUGCGGAUGGUCAAGAGGUGCUGGACAGAAAGUUACGCGAUCAGGAGGAAAAACGACAGCAAUCCGAGAAACACCACAUGCCAAAGCGCGACGAGCUUGAGCGAAUGAUUUUGGAUGUUAACGAACGGGUACCGAUAGUUGAUUUGGGCCCUUACCGCCUGAAGGAAGAGAUGGUAUCCUACUAUGGGUUUGAAAGUUACGAGAGGAACCUAUUCGGUAAGGGGAAAAAAUGGGAGUUUGACAGCAAAUUGCUUCGAAGGGAGAACCACAAUCGAUUUUUGUCGUUAAAUGAAGCUACGCAGAAACUAGUAGGUGAAUUUGCGCCACUCGAGCCACAUAUGAUGUUUGUGGUAUCCUGCUGGUUACGUACGGCUUUACCACUCAAGAUUGGCGAUACUGUUGACGUCAUGCGUGUGGAUGUGAUGGAAGCAAAGAAAGACAAGAAAACAUUAUCUUCUGAAACAGCUAAAGUAAAACAAAUCAUCGGAAAAUGGUGCUAUAUUGAAAGCAUCCUUGAUACAACACACUAUCCUGUCAAUGCGAAACUUCAAUUUGUCGUCACCGUAGCACCAACAGGUACGCAUCCAACGAUCGCGAUCGAUCAUAUACGUUUUUCGCCACUCAGCAUGCCGUUUGAAGCUAAAAUUUAUGAACCUGGCCGAGGAGAUGUAAGUGCAGUACUGGGUGCGUCCGGAUUGAUGAAACAAUAUUUCUACAACGGAAACGGCAAAAAGACGGCCAUCUUUUCCGAGCACGGUUUAGUGCAGCAGUUUGUCACCGAUUCGAAAGUGAUGUACACUCGCCAGUUACACCGUAGGCCGUGUGUGGUGGAAAUGAAACCCCGUACAUCAGGAUGGUUUGGGAAGAACGGGCUGCUCGGUAUUUCCCAUUGGGGUGGAAGUAUUGCAAAAACAUUCAACGGAAACUGGAGUACGCUGGCCCUACGUUUCCUGUAUAGCCUUUCACCGCCCGACAAGUAUUUACGAUUCGUUUGGCGAACUAAAGAGUUCCAGCUACCGUGCCCUGCCGGUUCGCCUUGUCCGCAAAUGCCGCAACGCGGUGAAAUUCUCAUAUUUAUUACACCCGUCCGAGUUUCCGUCUGGGUAGAUGGAUCCCUAACGCAAGAGACACUUCUCGAGCAGCAUGUAAAAGAUGUGCUGGAGCGAAGGUUCACCCUCUACCUUUCAUCAACAACUCAGCUUUGGGAAUUUAUUGAAAUGUACGAUCCAACAGUCAAAGUUACUUACCACAGUUUAGCUGGUCAACCAUCGCAGAUACUGGAAUAUGUGGACCCUGCCACAAUUCUGCUUCGUGAGAUCCUUUAUGAUGAAAUCGAACGACCAAUCCUGCAAACGAAAUGGACAAAAGUGCACAAUGAUACAGAUGCUCACAUGUUUGAUUAUUUUGAUGAUUUCAUUCAUACGUUCGACAACACGACGCUACAAAUUUCUGGUCCGGUGGCUAAUUUAAAUCCGACCUGUGAAGGAUUCCCUUACACACAAACCGUCUACGGGAACGACCCAACAGAAAACAAACGCAUGCAAGGUUUGCCCGGGAAGGAUUACACUAUCGAUGGGAAAUAUUCGCGAACGUACAGCUAUGUCCCAUUCAAUUUCUUGCUCAGUAGUCUUUUCCCAGAAAAGGAAGGAUUCGCACACAAAGUUGUACAACUUCCCGGUGGUGCCGUCAGAGUAAUUGUUGAAAAUCGAAAAGGUAAAAAAGUUGCCAAAUAUUCUAAGGUGGCUAAUUACGAGCAUCGGCUUAGUACGUGGCGGUAUGGGAAGAAUGACAAACUACAGCAAGAAUUACCGCCCAUGUAUCACUAUGAGGCACAAACAUCAAUAGCUCAACGGCUUGAUUCGUUCUUUAGUACCAACUACACCGCCGAGCAGACGACAUUACAGCAGCAAUGGGAAGUUCGGUACGAUUACGAUGAAGCCAACAGGAUGACCCGAAAGCGCACGCCGGAUGGAGGAAUUUUCCGAUACCUGUACGAUAGGCAGGGGAUUCUCCGCAUCAGCCUUCACAAAGAUCACAACGAAACGCUUGAUCGUGUGGUACACUUUACGUAUCUUGCGGAUGAUAAAAUUACUCGCGAAGCACUGGUCCAGCUCAAUGAAACCGAAUGUGAGGUGCUGGCAAACAGUGGAACAGCACCCAACUCUACCAACUUUAUCGAUACACUCUACGGAGAGCAUGACAAAGAUCCUAACAUGCGUUAUCGAUCGACAUUUUCCUCUAGACGCAUAGAUCAGGAUCAAAUGACCGAAUUUAUGGUGUUUGAUCAAAACAAGAAAGUGCUGAGGAAGGUGUUUGUAGUCAACACGAUCAACACGUCCUACUCGAUCGACUAUGAAUAUGAGAACGAUAAGCUACGAUCAGUGAAGUAUCCUAUCGGCGCUGGUGAUGAACCGUUUACAUUUAUCUACGACCGCAACGGACGUGGAGAUAUUACAUCAAUUAGGGAAUCAGCUAUGGUAGAGCCAAUGUUUGAGUUUGCGUACAAUGCAGAUGGCAUGGUGGAGGCGAUGAAAGUACGAACCGACGCGAAGCACACGUUCCAGCGCAACUUUACCUACAACCAGCCGGGAUUUUUGGUGAAACUCGAAGAUGACUACUUGUCCGAAAGCGUUAGUUAUCUGGAAACUGAUUCUUAUGGGCAGGAUUCCUACACCCCCAUCUACGAGGGUCUCAUAUCGAGGACAUUGUUCACUGCUCACUGGAAAAAUUCAACUAGCCCGAUGCGCAACGGUAUCUAUCCGGAAUACUUCAUUAAGCACAACAUCAUGGACCAAAAACGGGCAGCGCUUUGUCACGAAACGUUGCAGCGAGCAGGUUACAUAGAUAAAAGCAAUCUUGUAACGAAAACGUUCUACGGGGAGCAGGAUGACGAUCUACCAUUUGUGUGCGGAAAACGAGCUACACUGAGACAUCUUUCGGGAGUAUUGAGUAGCAAAAGUUUCCCCUACCAGUACGGUCACCGUUAUGACUACGACGAUCAUGAUCAGUUGAUUAAGGCGAAAUAUUUUCAUGGAGUCCAUGAGAUGGCUCUUUCCCCACUGACGCAUCGGAGCUUCUCGAAAGAAAUAAAAGGAAUUGACGAAGCGACAUCCCAAAAAAUUUGGGAUGCGUUGCGCACAAAUUCAUUCCUAACGAUGGAUUGCACCAAUCCUAAUUUAUGUCACGGACGCGAAGGAACGAAAUCCAUUUUUAGCAACUUCAUUCAACAACAUCGUUACAGCCAUCACUUGAAAACGAUGUUAGCGAAGGCAAUAUCGCAACGAAAAGCUUUAAAUGCGAACGAUUUUGAACAGAAAUGUAAGCGAUGGAUCAAAGGAUCGAAUAUGAUAAUGGGGAUGUGCACCCAACUCCAGCAAUCAUUAAGUAGUCAACAAAUUCUUGGCACCAAUGUGAAAAACCCUCUUUCUUCGUUGAAUCCGGAGUUUAUAAAUGCUUUAAAACGAUAUGAGAGCAAUAUACCGGAUAUUGUUGGUGUGCUUACUCACCACUUUGCGACAGCUUUGGGACGUUCGGCCGCAGAUGUGCAGUCGUACGAAAUCGAUGCAAACGGGAAUCAUCGGAUGUUUUACACGGGAUUCUCUCGGUAUCGGUUAGAGUACCGUCCAGGAACGAAUCAGAUCACCAAACUGUAUCGCCAACAGUUUGACCGUGUUCAGCGUACGGAAGAACAAUUCAACAUGGUACACGAUAGUGACGGAGCCGUCAUUCAGGCAGAACACAAAGGUAUUAAGCACAUGGAGUACGAUAAGUUGUUGCAUCGGGUCAGUAAAAUAGAGAUGAUGGACGAACGGAAGCUGAUUUAUCAGUACGAUGUGCGCGGAGAGCGUACCUUCAAGCAGGUGCUGGAUAAGGAUGGAAAGGUUAUAAGUGAGAAGUAUUACAUACGCGAUGCAAACGGUUUGGUGUUGAUGGACAUGGAUAUGACCUACCUAACGAUGGCUCAACCACCCGAUGUUCGGGUGACGAGUUACAUAUACAAGGAUCAGCAGCUGAUUGGGUUCCUUCGUAAUGAUAAGAUGUACGCAGUGAUCACGGAUCAUGAAGGAUCUGUCCGGUUGGUGGUAAAAGAUGGUGAAGUAGUUGCGGCUUAUGAUUAUCUUCCCUAUGGGCAAUUAUUUCGACGUUUCGGGACCGAUUUCGAUGGGCAGCUUUCGUAUCUGUACACUGGUCAGGAGUGGGAACCAGAAACUGGCUUGUACAACUAUCGCGCACGGCUGUACGAUCCCGACAUUGGAAGGUUUUACCAGAUGGAUCCGAAGGAACAGUACCCGAGCCCGUACGUGUACGCCGGUAAUUCACCCGUUUCUCUGAUCGAUCCCGACGGCGAGCUAGCUUUCGCAAUCAGCUGCAUCAUAAUGGCCAUUAUUGGAGCUUAUAUCGGUGCUGCUUCAGCAGCCAAAUCCUGGAAUCCGCUGGAAUGGAACUGGAAGUCCAAAUCACUUUGGUUGGGAUUGAUUUGUGGAGCCUUGACCGGUAUUUCCAUCCCCUACAACAUGACGGCAUCGAUUGCCUACUUCGUCGGGAUGGGUCUAUCGCUGUCCGCGUCGAUCGGUGUCAUGAUCGGUUCGGGCAUAACGUUCGGAUACUUUGCUUUGGCCGCAUCGAGCGGUUCCUGGGAUCCACGAAACUUUGAUUUUACAAGUCCCGGCACAUGGAAUGCACUGCUCGGUGGCAUUGCUACGUCAGCCUUCAUCGUAACGAAUCCCAACACGCUGAUCAGCACGUUCCGUUCCCUUACAACCGCUCUCGGCCGAGCGCUGUUUGUCGUUUCGCACGUGUCAAUUACGGUUUCGUUUGCCUACUUGUUCGGUGCGCUCAAGAUGGGCGGUGAGUUUGACGUACGGAAAUGGGACUUUACCGACCCGGGACUGUACUACAGCAUGUUUGAUGCUUACAUUACGGCAUCGUUUACAACGGUGAUCGUUCGCAACUUACCGGGAACGAUUAAAAAGUACGGCAAAAAGAUAGAAGCCGGACUUGACCGGCUAGCCGAGACAGAAGUAUACUUCCGGGCGAAGCGUCUCAUGCGAGGCGAUUGGUCCAGCAAGCUCUCCAACGCCCGCUUCUUUCUGGCAGCCAAUGCUCAAGCUAUCGGGAACUUACAACGCGGCAUAAUACCGAUCGCAUUCUACACCUUCUUCGUGACACUGCGUAUGGCGGACAGCUACGAGAAGAGUGCGAUACCAGGAUUUUCGGUAUUUUUGCAGAUUCUUCAAACGGCAGUCUUGACAAAAGGAUUCACAAAUCGCGUAGUGAAACCGCUGAUGCCGAACCGAAUCAACGCGCCACUAGCACAACGAUUGGAGGCACCGCACGCUGACCCGACCAUACGGUACAGUUCUUCGGGAGCCGACUGUUUGAGAAAUAUGUUCCACACACUUCACAUUCCGUUCGAAUGGUUCUUUUCACACGCGGAAAACACUCAGCACUACCGGGACUAUCCUGCAGCGAACGCGGUCGACAACUACAGCACACACUACCGGCCAACGUCAAAGCAUCAUGGCACAAUCGAGAACUGUCACACGAUGACGGAUCAAAAUGGCGGUGUCCUAGGCAACUACGUUAAUUGCUAUUCGCAUCGCUCGUUUGUAACUGUUCAUCCCAAGGAUGAUGCCGUACUUGAAUCGCACGAUCUCUAUCGACGCUGUCUACCACUAACUUACAAUGGUAUGCCAGCAAUCUCGUGUGAUGGCCAACAUUCCACACUACUUGCUGUACAGCUAGAAUCACCCAACAUGUUUGCGUAUGUUGACGGUUGGUUGAUGCUAGUACGAGUUGCCCCUGCAGCCAUACGGGAAGCAAAGCGUAUCUUUCAAAAUCUGUUUUGUACAUCGAAGGAACCGGCUGAAAAGUGUGCCGGUAUCAAAGAAUCAAUGGAAAAAUCAAUCUUUAAUUUGCAGACUUUGUACAAUGACUCUAAAACCAACGGUUGGAAUAUGGAUUGGUUCGGUACCAUGUUAAGUGAUCUGGAGGAAGAUGUGGAAGAAUAUUUCGAAUACGGACGCGGUAACGGACACAUACUAGCGGAACGUUUGACAGCACUGUAUGCCGAUGCGGAGGAAGAGAUCGAACUGCGCCAAACGAGCAAAGUGUUAGGGAACAUCCUUUCUGGUAACGCGAAUACUAUGCGAUCGUGCGAGGUUGACUUUGUUCAUGGAAGUAUCGGCAAUAGCAGUAGCAGUUGCUACGUUCGUUGUACGAACCUUUAUCCAUCAUCGAUCUAA